AAUCACACCCCGGCCAGGAAAGACUGCCGCGCGGCAAUUUACUUUGAAAACCCUGCCUUUCCACCAAUCACAUACUUUUACGGCUCAGGAUCCUGUCACUUUGGGUCGGAAAACGCGAGUUUCCAGGUGCCCAUUGGGGUGCCGAAUGGUGAUGCAUAUGUGACCUGGACGUGCGGGGUGGCGGCACAUACCUGUGUACGCGCCAUUGUUUCGCAGGGACUUUUUAGCCCCCGAGCUCCCCCAUUGCUAGAUGGAACCAUUUCUUGUCAAAGGUGGCCACGGAAUGGCAACACGGCAUUGCCAGUCUCUUUAUCUGCGGAAGCUGGCCCGACCAUAAAUAUAGACACAAGCACAACGUCAAGUACAACGUCAAGUACAACGUCAAGUACAAGCACAACCACCACAAAUACGUCCUCAGAUGGCACACUGUCCUCCUCGGUGCUCUUCAACGAGGGUCAAUCCAUCCCACCCUCCACUCUGUCCAAUUCUGNGUUUCGUACGCUGAUGGCAAUAUCUUCCGAGACGAUGCAAGUAUAUGGCUGA